AUGGCAAGCUACGAAGAGAAACAUGCCUCGGCGAUGAGUCGGCCAGAGAAGUCCGUCAACUUGACGGACACUUCGCUCAACAGCUCAGGAUCAGACUCUGACCUGGCUGCUACGAGACAGAGAAUUCUUGAACAGCAAGAACUUGAGAAGACAGAGCCCCCUGUCCUACCUAUCACUACCCUCUUUCGAAGGAACAAACUCAACAAAAACCUUGACCAACUGGCUACUCAACCAUCUGUCUAUGACGAUCCAGAUCUAGCAAAAUACUUCCAGCCUACCGCAAAGUACGAGAACCUGCAUCGUUUUGAUCCUUCAGCACGAUGGACAUGGGGUGAAGAACUUCCUCUCAUCAACAAAUUGGAUUGGAAAAUCACACUUUGGGCAUGCGUUGCCUUUUUCUCUCUUGACCUCGACAGAGGGAACCUCAGCCAGGCCAACACAGACAACUUCCUCGAAGAUCUAGGACUUGAUACUAAUGAUUUCAACUUGGGCAACACUGUCUUCAGACUAUCCUUUCUUUGUGCUGAAUUGCCUUCUCAGCUUAUCAGCAAGAAGUUGGGACCUGAUCGAUGGAUUCCGACCAUCAUGUGCCUGUGGAGCAUUGUGGCCGCCUCUCAGUUCUGGCUCAGUGGUCGGUCGAGCUUUCUAACCUGCCGUGCUUUGCUGGGCCUUCUGCAGGGCGGUUUUAUUCCCGAUGUCAUCCUCUACCUUUCGUACUUCUUCAAAGGAACCGAGCUCCCAUUCCGCCUGGCUCUCUUCUGGACCAGUCUCCGUGUCACUGACAUUGUUGCCCCAAUCCUGGCAUUCGGCCUCCUCAGACUACGAGGCCUGCACGGAUACGAGGGUUGGAGAUGGCUCUUCCUGCUCGAAGGCCUCUUCACCCUCUCCAUCGGCAUCUGGUCCUGGUUCAUGAUGGCUGCCUCGCCGACGCAGACCAAAUCAUGGUGGAACAAGAAGGGGUGGUUUACCGAGCGAGAGGAGACCAUCAUGGUGAAUCGUAUCCUGCGCGACGACCCCUCAAAAGGCGACAUGCACAACCGACAGGCUGUCGACUUCAAGCUCCUCUGGAAGUCUUUGUGUGACUACGAUCUAUGGCCAAUGUACGCCAUCGGUCUGACCUUUUUGAUUCCCGCCGGGCCGCCGGACUCGUACCUCACCCUGACGCUUCGAACGCUCGGCUUUGGCACGUUCGACUCGAAUUUGCUCAGCAUCCCCACGCAGGUCCUGGGUGCCAUCACCAUGCUUCUCCUGACGUAUUAUUCGGAAAUCUUCAACGAACGUACAUUCUUCGGCAUACUUGCCCAGGUCUGGUUGCUUCCGUGCCUGAUCGCUCUCAGGACGUUGAAAGAUGACACGUCGCCUUGGGCAAGGUUUGCCGUCCUGACGGUGUUGCUGUCCUAUCCCACAGCCCACGCCAUGCAAGUCGGUUGGUGUAGCCGCAAUUCCAACACUGUCCGAACGAGGACCGUCUCGGCAGCCGUGUACAACAUGUUUGUACAAGUAGGAGGCAUCAUCCACGCCAACAUCUACCGCCAGGACGAUCGUCCCAACUGUAAGCUCAUGCAACCUUGCAGACAGAGCAGCUGA